AUGUCAGUUGUCAAAUUCCAUCCAAAUUGUGAAACUAGGAAAUGGACAGUGUUAGGGGAAACAAGGGUAGGAAUAUUUGCAAAACAAGAUAUAUCUGUUGGAACGGAGUUGGCAUAUAACUAUAAUUUUGAGUGGUACGGGGGUGCAACUGUUCGUUGUCUAUGUGGAGCUGCAAACUGUUCUAUAUUUCUGGGUGCCAAGUCUCAAGGAUUCCAGGUUGCAGGCGGACAUAGUAGGAGGGAGAGAGAUGGAUUGUUUUCUGGAGUGGAGGAAAUUCCACUUUAUGACUCGGCAGAGGAUGAAACUUUUCCAGUGAUCUCUGGAAGUGGAACUAGUGGAGGAAAUGAGAACACUACGUGCAAGCUGGAACUAAAUGUCAUGGAACCGCAUUAUUCAGCUCCACCCGGCAUCAUUGAAGUAAAAGCAAUGACCACUGAGGUGAAUGAGCAGGGUCAGUUGUAUCCUAUAGAUAUCCAUCAACAAUUUCAGCAGGCAGAUCCAAUAUCUCGCAUCCGAAGUAAUAGCACAUCUAAGAAUUAUAAUAUUGGAUCUGGUUCAACACCAAAGAAGAAGUCUCAACAUAUUCCCGAGCGAAAGGUCAAUUCUUCCAACCGUAAGCAAGUGAAUGAUGUCGAUUUUGCUAAAAUGUUUGCAUCAAAGGAAGCAUGGGAAGAAGUUACUAAGUACGAGGUAUGA